GCAGUCUACAGACACAAAGCCGACACGACAUAUCGUCUCGAAAACUCGAGAGAAUCUUUCCAAAUCUUUCCCAAUUUAAUUUCCACAUACCCCACUUUUGUCGAUCUUUCGCAGACUGCCGGAAUGGCCUUUGUAGCGCGUCGGAGUAGCGAUGGCUCGGUGGUGGAUCGCCAGCAGGUGUCUGGUCGGGGAACAGUACGUCCAGCUUCCCAGUCGGACAUUAGUGAUGAGGAUUCGUCGGAGUCGGUGCUGGGCUAUACAAACCGCACCUAUGGAGCUCCCACAGUUAGGUAUGUUGGCCAGGAUGAAGAUCGUGACGCGGUGGAACCUCAGCUAGAUGAUGAGGAUUUUGUGGAUUCACUGGGGGAUCAUGCCGACAACUCGGAAAGCGAGACGGAUUCCAUUUUGAGUUUCUGCAAGGAACUGGAUGAGGAGGAGGCCAACGAUGCAUUGCUAAAUGAAAGAAUGAGCUUCACAGACGAGAAGGCGAAAGUUGUGGAUAAAGCGAAUGCAGAUGAUGUGUUUCACAGCGGCAUGAACAAAGGCGAUGAGGCGGCUGCCACGGACACGGAGACCGUGAUGAACUUCGAUCACGAUGUGCAGAGCCUGAGCUCCUUAAGCAGCUGCACGCCAACAGUGACGCAGCGCUGUGAGGAUGUCGACAACUUGGACAAUAUCAGCGGCAGGACAUUUUUCAAGGAGGAAAAGUCGCAAAGCAUUAACAUCAGGACCUUCUGUAAGGAUAACAAGCUGGAUGGGCUGAGCGCCAGGACCUUCCACAAGCAGGCCUCCUCGAAGGAGGCGAACCAGGGCCAGAUUUCCAAUCGGACAUACAACCUGAGUUGCUCGGGCAAUAAUCGAAACCACGACGCAUCCUCGAUGUCCACCUGCAGCUGGUCGGACAUGUACCGCGGUGCCCUGCAGCCCACCGAUGGAUGCAGCGGUAUGCCCCCUCUGAGCCUGGCCAGCGCCGUCUCGGACUCGUCCACGUGCUACAAGCAGCUGGAGGAGCUUAAGGAACGCCCUGGCCCGCAGGCCUUCGAGGACUGGAAGGCGCGAAAGGCGGCCCAGAAGCAGAAGGAUCUGCUGGCCGCCAAGCAGGAGCGCGAGAAGCGGGAGGCGGAGGCAGCACUGCGACAGAAAUAUGCCCAGGAGCACUUCCAGGAGUGGUGUCGCCGCAAGGAGGAGGAGCAGCAGCGGCAAAAGCAAAAGAAGUCCUCGACCUGUAGCACCAGUUCCGGAUCGGUUUCCGGCUCUAGCACCGGCCCUGCAAGGAAGGUGUCUCCCGAGAGCACAAAGAAGCGUCUGCAGGAGUGGGAGCGACUCAAGAAGGAGCAGCAGCAACUGGAAAAAGAACGCCUCAACCGACUGCAGUGCAACAAGCAGAAGCUGGAGGACGAACGCCGUCAGCGGCGCCAAGGCGCCUGGCAGAACUGGAUGAAACAGGUGGACAAGCGGGCCAAGCCGGUUCCCCUCAAUCAGGGCUUCGACACGCUGCGCGGCACCAUAUCCAACAUCUACAUCAAUCCCGUUCAGUGGGUGUCCAACAUCGAUCCGCAGGAUUCGGGGCGCAGUCGUUAGAGUUCCUUGGAGCGCUCUCACAUUCGUUAGUCCAUCGCCAUUUCACGCUGAAAUGCAUGCAAGACCUAUGGGGACGACUGGUGCAGGAGGACGGGAGGAGAUCGCCUCGGUUGCUGGGCCAGCAAAAUGAUUUUAAUUAUACUACUACACAUUAUACACGAAUUUUGAUUAGUGGCGGUGGAUCCCACUUUGUUUUACCUUCGCAAGUUACUCAAUAAACUACAAGAUCGGCA